GACUUGAGGGGAAACAUCACGAUCACUACAUUCCUUUGAUGCUUGGACGAAGCUCCUGUUGUUUGAUGAGAGGGGACAGAUGCCGCAGGCGCACGGCACUUUCUACAGAUUUGCUGCUGUAUCUGCGGUUGGAGGGUUGCGACUGAGCGAGCUGGAUCAUCGAGAUCGUUAUGAUCAUUGUCAGGUCGAUCGAGAAUCUGACCGCAAACGUAGCUUGUAUGCGUUCGUGAGAUCGUUAUGAUCAUCGUUCCAGGGCCAGUCCAGAAUCCGACAGCGGGGAUGACAGCUGUCACAACAGCUCCCUCCGUCGACCUGCAUGGCAUCAUCGCAAGAGAUACUCGCACGAGUACUUUGUCCAGAUUCGCUGUAUCUUGGACUGGGAUGGCGUCGCAGCAGUGACUGUCACCGCUCUUGAUUCUGUUCUUCUGGAAGAUUCUGCUUUGCCAGUCCAAGAUACAGCGAAUUUGGACAGCUUUGUGAAAGGCGUGGGCAUGAGACAGCCUGAGACCGCCUGAAGAGGGUUAUUUGAAAUUUGAGCGGUUUCCCAAAUUUGAGGUUGUAACCUCGAACAUGGGGAGCGAAUUCGAAGUGCAAGAGAAAGAUGACGAUGAAACGACUUAUCCGCACGACAUCGACAUCCCGUUUCCUGACGUCAGCAAGGAUGCUGCAGAGGAGCAAGGCAUGGAAAUGGAAGGGGAUGAAGCAGGAGAGGGGCGAGUAUGCAUCUUGCCGGAGACGCUAACAGCAGAGGAUGGGCGUGAGUCCCCGCGCAAGCGCAACGAUGAACGUCGUGCGGGCCGUCGGCGGCAGAAGCUGCGCGAACGGUGGUCAUCGGAAGAGACAUUCGCUCUCAUCGCCUGCAAGCGAAAACAGAUGGAACUGUUUGGCGAUGGUGGGCCGGGAGGCCGGAUAAACGCCAAAGAACGGAAGUGGCAUGAUAUCCAGAAGCGGAUGGCGGAGUUGGGUGUGCAGAGGACGGCAGUGGAGUGCACACGGAGGUGGGACAACCUCCUGUCAUGGUACAAACGGAUUGUCGACAAUGAUCGUCGAGAGGACGUUAAGUCCUUCUGGGAAAUGACGCCUCGACAAAGAAGGGAUCAUGGCUUGAAGUUCGCUAUGGAGCGAUCGGUCUUCGAUCUCAUAGAUUCACUGAAACUUGAACGAAGGGCAAAUCUAGUCCGCACGAUCAGUUCAGCAGUAAACACCACCGCGGCCGCCCCCUUCGCCGGAGCACUUGACCGAGUGAUAAACCCGACAGCGAACGCCCUUAACGGGACCCCAACCGGUAAUCUGGCAGCGCCCUUGCUGCUUAGCCCUUCCGUAACGCCAGCACUUAACCUACCCAUAACUCGAACACUUGACCCCUUGGGAACCCCACCAACGAACCCCGCCGUAGGUGGAUUGCUCACGCCCUCCUUAAGCCCAGCAAUUAACCCCCCUGUAACCGGAGCACUUGACCCCUCGGCGCCCCCAACAGUUAACUCCAUGGUAAUUGGAACCCUCGACCACUCUGUAGCCCGAACAAUUAACCUGAGUUUGAUCAGAAAACCUGACCCUUCCAUAACCCCCGCAAUCACUGACCCGUGCACGGCUCCUGCAGUUGAGCACACGUUCAGUGCAGCCGCUAACCAGGCUCACGAUCGAAGGGUUAACCGUACCGCGAACCUGCUGGACAGCGGCGAUCGGGCGGAAAUCUUCAGGGAUGAUACUGGGCAUGGGCAAGCUACUGACCCCAACACAAUUCGCAGCACCGACACAGACUCGCAAAGCCCUGUUAUUGACGCCAAUGAAAGGCGCCAGCAGAUGAACGCGCAUGGCCAACCAAGAGUCCGGGUGCAGGAUGCCGAAGAUGCAAACCCAAAUCUGGAUAACGUAGCGGCUGCAAUGAUGGGAUCUGACAACGGUGAAGGCAUGAAUGAGCAUACCCAGCACAAUCAGAGCGAAGGCCAUCCGGACGCUAGCCAGCACACGGCGCAACAUACCCCACCACCUUUCGUUCCUUCCCGGAAGCGAAAGCACGUCCGGGAAGUGGAUUUUGACGAGAUGCUGCGCGCAAUUGAAACCCACACAUCGAAGAUGGUCACGUCGGUCGGUAUGUCCUGCAAUAGAUCUUGUGAAACAAUCAUGCAAGUCGGGCAGAUGCAAUGCGACGCACUUCGGGAAGGGCUGGAGGUGCAACGUAUACUUGCUAUGAAUGUGGCCGAAGCGGGUCGCCUCAUCUCAGAGGCGUUGAUGGUGGUGGCCGAAAAGCUCAGUUCGAGAUGACGUAUCACCAUGCCACGUCGGCAUGUCGAUCAACGAACGAUACGGGUUCCAUUGCCUGGAGAGUAUAACUGUCAGUGACCUGUCAUUGUCAGUGACAGCUCAGUGGCAAAGGAGAGAGGGACAACCCAGCUAUGAUGUGGCGUGACACCGGUACGAUGCGAUGGUGCCUCCAUGGAUUACCGUCCAUGCCUGUAUCUACCGAGACUUAACCGCAUUCCGUUGUCGUCAUUCGUUCUUGUUUUUUUUUUGUGUUUUUUCUCAUCGUUUUGUCAUUCCCUCUUCGUGUGAGAUCUUGGCAGCAUGCAGGAUGAUGGAAGAGACUUGGCCGCACGGACGACGUAGUCAGCCAAAUGUGAAAAACAAUGAACGUACCUUGCCAGCUUCUGAAGCAAGAUACAUACCAUGUUGCGUAAUGGGUGAGUGGUGAGUCGAGGGCGGAUGAAUUAACAAAUUCGCAGAGUGUGU